AUGAAGAAAUGCAGAGAAAAGUCAAUAACAUUGAUCGUCUUGAUCUACGUCGGCCUUAGUUCUGUCAUAGUACUAGACAUGGUAAUGUGGGAGAAAGAAGCACUAAGAGAAAACGAAAGAAACUCUUACAUCAAAUCGUACUUACCUUACUAUAUACUAUACUAUAUUUUCAUUACCCAGGAAAUUUAUUUUUCACACCUCAUUUAUAUAUUGAAUUUGAAGUUGGAUACAUUGAAUCUUCAUCUGGAGACAAGCGAUUUUCCUAGGUUUUUCUUCAAUAUGAAAAUGGUGAAUAAAUACGUUGAUGCUCCGUACAUAUUCGAAAGACCGAACGGAAAUUGCAUGACGAUUUUAAACACUACGUUUUUAGAACGGAUGUUCCAAUUGCUAAAUGUUCACAAACAUAUACUGCAUGGUGUUAACAUCGUUAACAAUAGUUUCUGCAAUGGAUUAGUGUUAAUGAUGUUCAGCUGUUUGAUCCACCUUAUCAUCACACCGUAUUUCUUACUAGCUGAAGUUGUCAAGCCGGACUGUGACGUUGUAUUUACUUUUCUUCAAGUGGUUUGGAUCGCGACCCACAUAGCCCGACUGUUGAUCAUCAUCGAGCCGUGCCAGUCUUGUAGCUUAGAAGGACAAAGGACAAUUGCUCUACUCUGUGAUCUGCUAGGAAAGUAUGACAUUACGGAUAAUACUAGAAAAAUAGUUGAAGUAUUCAUUACCCAAGCAUCUCAACAACCGGUAAAGUUUUCUUGUUUCCAUUUGUUCAACCUAGACAGAUCUGUUUUGACAGCAUUGUCUGGAUCUAUCGCUACCUACAUAGUCAUCCUAUUUCAGUUUAGCACCAAUUAAUGUUCAUCAAAUUUGAGUCU